CCUUGUUUUCCUCAGUUUUCUCAUCUGGAGUGGCUCUUUAGAGAAUAAAACAUGAACUCUUCUGACCGAUUUUUAUGGGUAGACUUUUAUCACCUGGCGUCAAUCUAUAUAGUUUUAUUCCCCUAUCACACUCUGCAAUCCAAUCAACAUGGCACCCCUAGCUGUUCCUUAUAUAACAUUCCAUUUCCCAUCUUUGUGCCUUUGGUGGUGUUUGGUUAUUGUCUUUCAUGCCUGUCAUUCUUAUGGCAUCACUAUAUUAGAGUCAAGUUACAGUCUCUCCAACAGACCAAUAUAAAUGGUCUACAAGUUGAGCACAAAUAGACACACAAAUAGUCCAUGUCAACAUUUAGGGUGUAUUCCCUAAAUUUGUGCAUCUGACACUUCUUUUUUGAGCUACUGCAAUUCUGCUUUCCUUAUAGAGCUCAGCAUCUUCUUUGAUGAGGGCACACAAGCUGGGUGGUGCUAUGCAGACCUAUGCCAGUAUCUCCUAUGUCACACAAUUCCAAGGACCUUGAAAGUAUCCUUGUAUCACUUCUGACUACCUUGCAAGCACUUGCCUUGUGUGAGUUCUCCAUAAAAUAGUCUUUUAUGAAAGCAAUAUGUAUUUAGUAUUUGAAUGACAGCCCAUUGGAAUUGUGUCCUCUGCAGUAGUUUGAAUGCUAGGCAAUUUAGUUUGAGAUAAGAUCUCAAUGGAUAGCUUAUUCUGCCAGCUGAUCUUCAGAAUCUUCCUAAGUCGAUUCAAAUGGAAAUGAUUCAGUUUCCUGGCAUGGUGCUAAUAUUCUCUCUAGGUUUCACAGGCACAUAGCAAAUAAAAUCAGCACAAGGGCUCUGCAGAACUUCAAUUGGUUCUCAGUUUAACACCUCUUCCCUCACACUUUUCCUUUGGAGACUACCAAACACUGAGUUCUGGCAAUGCAUGUGUCAAGACGCAUCAUCAAUGUGUACAUCCCUGGAAAGUGUACUACUAAGGUCUUUACAGCAUUUGUAAAACUACAUUGGAAAAAGGUAGAAGAGACAUAUUACCAUCAAGAUCACAGGAGGGGGUGAUUUGAUCUCCAAGCAGCUUCCUGUUUUAUACUUCCUAUAACUGAACCAGCUGAAUCACCAGAAGAUCUGCUAUCUCUGGCAUGGCAGAUCCUCACCAGUUUUUAAGUCAAUCAGAUUCAGGAAAAUCUGUUGCUAGUCGAAGCAAAGCACUACUUGAUACUAUGAUGUCAAAAGUCAGAUAUCCAUCAUCUCAUACAUCUCGAAAAAACAGCGCAGUGAUGGGUCAGUCUUCUUUUGACCCACCCCUUGAAGCAGUUUCCUCUCCAAAUCACAUGCUGUACUUCAAAAGGGGAGCGGACCCAGUCCAUACAGACUAUGCAGCCCUGCUGGUGAAAAACAAGAGUCUUCAGACAGAGGUAAGGAAUCUUCAAACUAGGCUUCUCACAAAAGAAACAUCAUUGCAAGAGAUGAAAUCUGAGCUGGAAAAUUACAAAGAGAAUAAUGCCAUACAAUCCUCCCAGAUUCUGUCCUUGAAAGAUCAUAUCAGGGAUCUGGAGGAAAUCAAUGCUUCAGCCACCAGAAUAAAGUCUUUGAAAAAUGCCAGCAUUCAGAAUCUUGAAAAAGGGAACUGGGAUUUAAGUGAAAGAGUUGCAGAACUUGAAAGUCGUCUAAGAGUACAGCUGGUUGAAAGAGAAAAGGCAGAGCAAAAAGCAGCCAGCUUGGAGAAAAAGUUGGUGGAUGCCACGUACAAAUUAGCCUCUUUUAUGAAUCUGGAAGUGAAAGGACCAGAUGAUCCCUUUGAGGUUUUAGGGAUGAAGGAUAGUGAUGAAGCUUUCCUGUCCAAGAACUUGGAAAGAGAAAACAUUCUCAUAGACAAAAUGAAAAAUGGGCAGAAAGUUUGGGAUAAAUGUCAACAUGAUUCACUUUACAAGGAAAAGCAAAUGUCUAUAAUAGACCAAACCCCAUUUACCUUCAACUGGGAAACUAAAACUACCCAGACCCAGUACCAGAGUUUCAUCAAUCAACUUGCUACUCUUCUAAGCAACACCCUUAUCACUGUACCAGCUACAGAGGAAGCUGUGAGAGAAAGAAUACAAGAAAUCAGUACUAAUGAACAGACUUGGAAUUAUAAAACGGAUGUAUUUCAGCAAGAGAUACAAUUGCUAACUCGGCAGAUUGAACAGUUGCAUCAGCUUUAUCAAGAGGCUGUAUGUGAUUCAUCCCAAACUGAAGAGAAGCAUCUGGAGCAAAAGAAAUCCCUGAAGCUGUGGGAACAGAUAGGUGCCACUGAUGACUUCUUUCAAGGAAAAUGGGAUUUUGACAAGAAGAAAGGAGAAAAUCAAAGAGGAAAAAACCAAAUGAAGACUUCGCAGACUGAAGAAUUUGGCAAGAGGGCCAGGCAAUUAGAAAAAGAAAAAAGACAGCAAAUACUUUUAAAUAUUGAGAAGAGCUUGCAGAACUCAACAACUGGAAGACUAGAAGAAAAGGUGGAAAAACUUGAGAAAGAGCUUAGUGAAAUGAAAUUGUCAAAUCACAAGAUGAAAACUCAGUUGAUGAGAGUCAAUGACCUCAAAGACAAAACCAUUGAAAAGCUUCAGAAAUCUUUAAAAAGGGUUGAAACAAUUAAAGAGAAGGCAACUAAAAAAGCAGUCAAUUUGAAAACAACACUAGAUUACACUGAACAAGAAGCCAGAGAGGAAAAAGAGAUGGCCUAUCAAAUGCUGGAAGCUGUCACUAAUGAGCUAUACACAGUAAAAAGAGCACUUGAAGAAGUAGUAAGAAGAGAAAAACAGCUCAUGGAUUUUAGAGAAUCUAUUAUGAAGAUGAUGGGCUUUAACAUCAAAAUUCCAGACAAGGAAAUUAUUAAUCAACUCAAGCCUAUCAUACAAGCAUAUGAAAUUUCUUUAAUUACGUCUAGCAGCAGAUCAAAAGUUGGUGAUUGUAAGACUGGCCAUGAGAAUGAAUGACACAAAAGAUAUUCGGCUUUUUUUUCUUCUUCACUGCAACCAACUAGACUUAAAAUCAUAGACUGUUUUCUCUAGUGGUUUGAAUAUAAGACCUGUAGAAGAUGGCUAGAGAAUAAAUAAAAUUUGUUUGGCAUUUUCAUUUA